AUGGCUCGUAAGAACGUUUGCGUGGCUCCUAAGAAGGGAUACGAGGCUCGCAAGAAGGGAUACGAGGCUCGCAAGAAGGGAUACGAGGCUCGCAAGAAGGGAUACGAGGCUCGCAAGAAGGGAUACGAGGCUCGCAAGAAGGGAUACGAGGCUCGCAAGGACGGAUACGAGGCUCGUAAGGACGGAUACGAGGCACGUAAGGAUGGAUGCGAGGCUCGUAUGAACGGAUACGAGGCACGAAACGACACCAUGGACGCGAGCCAGUCUCCACUGCCAUCAGAGCUUUUAACGAGCCCGCUGUUCCAAACGCGUCAGCGGUCUCUUUCAUCAGAGCCGCUGGACCUCGUUACAACGGAAGGCAGCGAAACACCGUCUACUACCGACGCCAAGUGUCACCGAAAAGACUGCACGCCGAACGGGUGA